UAAAUCACCCAAACCGUUACGGGCACUGUUUGCUUAAGGUCACAAGUUAUCUGCCCACCUACAGGCCCACUAAGGUACCAUUACAAUUACCCACUCCAUGACCCGCCGUGCCGUGCCCCGGGAGUCUCUCCAUACGUCGAUCAUGGAUGGGAAUUACAAUUGUUUACGCCUACGGCGGCCAUUGGUGUCCUUGAUUCGGUUCAGGUUCGAUCUAUCUGCAGCGCCAAGAAGAUUCAUCUGUCGCCCGAGCAUUUCUGAUGCACCCCUACCAGGCCAGCCAUUUAAUGCAUCAAGAAAGUUAAUUGCAUCGAGACCUUACGCAUCGAGCACCAACGCGGCCGUCGCUAAGGCUUCUCAGACUUUCAUGGAAAAUCUGCAGCGCGGAACUCAUCAAUUGACUGCUGAUGAAAAGAUUGUUCGCAAACUCGGUUUAUUCGAGUCGCAUCAUAUAGCAUUGCAUACUCUCGGUCAAACACGGGCCUGUAUUCUCGCCUAUCGUUAUGCAAUGCCACCACGAUUGGCCGUGCCUAGUGCACGACCAGAGCUCAUGCAAUCCGUCGAGACUACGAUUGCUCGCAUCGUUCUCAAACAUCCAGUCCUGCAAGUUGGCAUUAUCGGCGAGGAAUCGGCGGAGCCCUCUUGGAUCUUUCUUCGAAGUAUUAAUCUUCACAAUCAUAUCAAGUGGAAAGUAUUGGGCAAGAACGAAAACUUUCGGCAUAUACACACCCACAUAUUUCGGUCAGAACUUGAUACCACAUUUACGAACUUCCGCGAUGCGCCGGCGUGGAAGGUGGUAGUGUUACAUCAAGACGAAUCUGAUUUCAUUGAGGUUUUCCUCGUUAUCAAUCAUACGCUUAUGGAUGGAUCCGGGGCUAAUACUUUCCAUAUGGACUUGCUGAGAGGCCUCAAUGACACAGCUACAUCGCACAUGCCCAUCCUGCCACCGGCAGCUUUGGAGGAUCAUGUUCUCACACUUCCUGAUACUUGUUCCAAUCUUCCUCCCCCGGCAGAAGACCUUGUCGUGUUUCCAGUGGACAGUAGUCUUCGCCAAAAGUUUAUAAUGGAGGAAGUGGACCGGCCCGGGUGCGGCGUAGAUAGUCCAACAUUCGCAAAUUGGGCCCCGAUCCGGACAUUUCCUGUCAAAACACAAGUUCGCGACUUUUCUAUUGAUUACGACACUUUCGCCAAUAUCCUUAAAGCAUGCCGCAUGCAUAACACAACAUUCACUGGCCUUCUCCAUGCCCUUACUCUUGUAUCUCUUGCACCACUGCUAAAUGAGUCCGCGGCGCCUGGUUUCGAGAGCCUCACGGCCAUGGAUUUGCGCCGAUUCUUGCCUUCACAUCCUCCGUCUCACCCAUGGCUUGAACCGGCACACGCAAUGGUCAAUUAUCCAAGUUUGAUGAUCCAUGCCUUUGAUGCUCGCGCUGUCGCCAAAGUCCGCUCCAUGAUUUCUCUUCAAAGACCUGAUCCUUACAGAUCAGCUGAACUUAUGGAGGGUAUGUGGUCUAUUGCAGAGAAGGUCCGAAAAGAUAUAGACAGAAGACUGGAUAUGGGACUUCAAAAUGACAUAACCGGCCUUUGGCAGUAUAUCAAAGACUGGCGAUGGCAUCUUAGCGAACAGGUAAAGAGGCCUCGACGAUUUUCAUGGACUAUCACCAACAUGGGGGCAGUGAACGGGACAUCUUACGCAUCAGAUCCCAGAACUCUAGGAGGUGUUCAAGACUUGAGCGAGCGUGACCAUUGGGCUAUUAGUCGCACACAGGUUGCCAUGGGUGCAAGCGUUCCCUUCGCGGCCUUGUGUAUAUCCCCUGUAGCCGUGAAGGGAGGGGAACUUAUUGUCACAUGUACGUGGCAGGAUUCCAUUUUCGAUACAAGACUUGGCGAUCGUUUCGCUGCCGAGUUGGAAAGGUGGCUUAAGUUCACAGCACGGUUUCACAAGGGAUGGCCGGCUCAAGAAUAGGUAGACACCUGGAAAUCGGCGAUACUAGAG